GGCCUGAUUCGAGUUAGGGUUUUAGGUCAGUUAUAUUAGCCACAAUGCAACGAAGCAAAGUUCUUGAUCCUCAUUUCUCUGUAACAGAGAGCAAGGGAAGGUGACGGCUCCGCCAUUCAAGAGCCAUGGUGCACGUCUCAUUUUACCGCAAUUAUGGGAAGACUUUUAAGAAGCCUCGCCGUCCAUACGAGAAGGAACGGUUGGAUGCUGAGCUGAGGCUCGUGGGAGAGUAUGGACUCCGCUGCAAGAGAGAGUUGUGGAGGGUUCAGUACGCUCUGAGCCGUAUCCGUAAUAAUGCUAGAAUGCUUUUGACCCUCGAUGAGAAGAACCCACGUCGGAUCUUUGAGGGCGAAGCUCUUCUUCGAAGGAUGUUUCGUUAUGGGCUUCUAGACGAAAGCCAGAACAAGCUUGAUUAUGUUUUGGCCUUGACCGUGGAGAACUUUCUUGAGCGUCGCCUGCAAACUCUUGUCUUCAAAUCUGGGAUGGCAAAGUCCAUUCACCAUGCUAGGGUGCUUAUAAGGCAAAGGCAUAUCAGGGUUGGAAGGCAGGUGGUGAACAUCCCAUCGUUCAUGGUAAGAGUUGAUUCACAGAAGCAUAUUGACUUUUCACUAACAAGUCCGUUUGGUGGCGGGCGUCCUGGAAGGGUGAAGAGAAAGAACCAAAGAGCUGCUGCUAAGAAGGCUGCUGGUGGAGAUGGCGAUGAGGAGGACGAGGAUUAGAUUAUGGAUCUUCUAGCUUUUUCAUAUUUUGUCAUCCUUUAUUUGCGACUGUAGCUGAGAUAGUUUUGCUUCCAUGGUUCAGUUUUAUACCUUGUUCAUCUUGUUUCCUGGGGACAAGCUAAUGCCUGAGCUUACAUUAUUGCGGAACGACAUCUAUUUGAAAAGAUCAAUUUUGCUUGGAAA